GAAACGGAGCGGAUAUGACGUUUUAUUUUGAAGCUGUUUUUGACGCCGCUCUGAGCUAAUAUGUCAGGGGCAUCGAUCAAUGUGCUGUCACGUCUGUGAGACACUGCGGCUUCAAUAACAUGAGAACAAACGCUUCCAACUUGCCAUGGAUCCGUUCUUCGACGACAGACCCCCGCAGCUGAUUGCCCUCGAACGCAGUGGGCACACGGCGGUGGUGGAGGGGAACCUGCUGUACGUGUGGGGGGGCUACAUGUCAGUUGAUGAUAAUGAAGUCUUCCUACCCAACCAUGAACUCUGGGUAUAUGACCUGGAACAAGGUGACUGGCAAAAGUUCCACAUGACCGGUGAGGUGCCACCCUCCAUGUCGGGAUCCUGUGGCUGUUACCUGAAUGGUAACAUGUACAUAUUUGGAGGUUGUCAUGACAACGGGCAGUACGAUCAGCUCUAUCGUGUCAACCUGACAGAUGGUAAAUACAAUUGGACGCACAUCAGACACCACAGUGGCUGUCCUCCAUCAUCACGAGACAAACUCUCCUGCUGGGUUCAUAAAGGAAGAAUAAUCUACUUUGGAGGAUAUGGUUUCAAAAGUCUGGAAAAGGUCCACAGAGGAGACCGAAGCUUCACUGUAGAUGCUUUAUCAGAAAACAUCUUGUGGGGAUGGAACAGUGAGAUCCACAUAUUUGACCCCAGACAGUCCAGUUGGACUCAAGCGAAAACACGCGGACAAUCUCCCGCCCCUAGAGCGGCCCAUGCCAGUGUCAUGCUGGGGAAUCGGGGCUACAUCUGUGGUGGCAGAGUUAAGGAAAUGAGAUUAAGUGACAUUCACUGCUUGGACCUUGACUCAUGGAUGUGGUCAGAAAUAGUGCCAGUGUCGACUGUUCCAGCGGGAAGGUCCUGGCAUUCGCUCACGGCAGUGUCUGAUAGCACCAUGUUUCUUUUUGGCGGUCUCAGCGUGGACGGCAAGCCACUGAGUGACGGCUGGCUGUUUGACGUGGAGACCAAGACAUGGAGAGAGGUGGAGCACCCCUUUAAGGACAAGCCAAGGUUGUGGCACUCUGCGUGUGCCGGCAAGGAUUCUGAUAUUAUUGUCUUUGGAGGCAGCUGUGAUUACAUCCUUCUUGUUGACACUGAUGAAGGUGUUGACGAUGUCCCGGACUUCCUCGUGUACUCCCGGCAGGGUCACUGCAAUGAUGCUCUGGUCUUCCAGAUGGCGCCACACCCACUGUUUAGAAUUUGCAAGGACUACAUCGCAAAGAACGUGAGUUCGUGUGAAGCUCUCAGACAGCAGCUGCCUCUUCUUCCUACCAAACUGCGGGCGGUGGUGGACAGGAGAACAUUGUUCUACAGGCCUUCAAAGGAAGUCAGUCACACUCACACUCAACUCCUUUAAAUAUCAACAACAAAGCAUUUUUAUUAGCAUUUAUAUUCAUUUUUGAAAUACAUUCAUUUUAACGUUUAACGUCAAAUGUUGGUUACAAUUUUUAUGUUAUGUUUUAAAAAUAUAUAUUGUAAAAACGUGAAAGGAAUUUUCCCCUCAUAUUGUGGUGCAAUUGUAAACAAAAAAAACAUGUUCUUGUCAUUAUGAUUAAAUGGCACAAAAAAAUGUGUAUUCUAUCUUUCUAUUUAAAAAACACAGCACACGUUUGUUGUGGGAAGUCACCAGUCGUUCAGCGGACCUUAGGCACAGAGGAGUGUUAAGGCCACACAGAAAAGAGUAAAAUAUCAUUUGAAUACUGCUAGACCCAAAAUUAAAUAAGAGACCACCUGUUGUGGGAGUGUGAGAAAAACAGAAUUAUUUCAUCAGAAGUCUUUUUUCUCACUUUCUGGUAAGAUAUUCGUUUAAUAAUAGAACAUCCAUGCAUCCAUUUUCUACUGCUUGUCCAUCUCUUCA